CACGUUCCGGUAUCCACCGAAUUGCGUUCUUCCAACGUGUGCUUCUUCCAACUCAUCUCAAUACCGUAGAAGAACAAACAGUGAAAGGAGCAUUUGCAUCAUUAUAAUCAUUGAAGAAAUCGACAUGACGAUUCCCAGACAGCCGGUGAAAUCGGUCGGACCGAUAUCUUCUUCUGGAACAAACACGUGUCCAAGUGGAGGGAGAUGCGAGUGGACCAGCACGAUUGAUAUGGCAGCCGACCUGUACGCGAAUGGAUCUGUGAAGUCAACGUCCGGCAGAAUUACGGGCAGCAUGAGGCAACGUAAGACCGGCACGCUUGGCGCCGCGGCGCCUAUGUCUACAGAAGAAGAACGAUUGAAGUUCCAAGACAACAGGUUCUUGACGACAUUAGUACUUGGGAGAAAUAGGAAAAUCUCGCCAGACGUUUUGCCGUCGUGUUCCCCGGGUAUUUUCCGGCAAAAGUCGUUCGGCGCGUCGACACCGCCGAAGAACAACGCGGGCGCACCUGCGGCGAAAAAUCAUCAACGCGCAGGCGCGGAACCCCGAGAUCCACGUGAGCCGAAAGCACCUAACAGCGGUAGUGCACGUUUAAAGAGCGGCGUGUUACUUCUCGCGCGGGGCACCCGAGGCACCAGCAAGCACGCACGCCUUGGCACGACGCUGGCGAACAAAAUGGCGUCCUCGAGCUCUACCACGGUCGUGCAGGGCUGGCCGAACACCAAGGACGACUAUGAGCUCAAAGAGGUUAUUGGUGUUGGUGCAACCGCCGUAGUACACGCAGCAUUUUGCAUUCCACGGCAGGAAAAAUGCGCGAUCAAGAGAAUAAAUUUGGAAAAAUGGAACACAAGCAUGGACGAACUUCUGAAAGAAAUACAGGCAAUGUCCUCAUGCAAUCACGAGAAUGUGGUCACAUAUUACACGUCAUUCGUCGUGAAAGAGGAACUUUGGCUUGUACUCAGGUUGCUAGAAGGUGGAUCCCUAUUGGACAUCAUCAAACACAAAACCAGAACUACAAACUGUAAACAUGGAGUGUUUGAUGAAGCUACAAUAGCAACAGUCUUACGAGAAGUACUCAAAGGCCUUGAAUACUUCCAUAGUAAUGGGCAAAUCCACAGGGACAUAAAAGCCGGUAAUAUCCUACUAGGAGAAGAUGGCACCGUGCAGAUAGCCGACUUUGGUGUCAGUGCCUGGUUAGCGACUGGUCGAGAUCUAAGCAGGCAAAAAGUCAGACACACGUUUGUGGGCACACCCUGCUGGAUGGCACCCGAGGUCAUGGAGCAGGUGAGAGAGGACCAUGGCUAUGAUUUCAAAGCAGAUAUUUGGUCGCUUGGCAUCACUGCCAUCGAAAUGGCCAGUGGUACAGCUCCAUACCAUAAGUAUCCGCCAAUGAAGGUGCUGAUGUUAACUCUGCAGAAUGACCCUCCAACUUUAGAUACUGCCGCCGACGAUAAAGACCAAUACAAAGCCUAUGGAAAAACAUUCCGGAAAAUGAUUGUCGAUUGCUUGCAAAAAGACCCAACAAAGAGACCAACAGCAACAGAGCUGCUGAAACAUCCAUUCUUCAAAAAAGCAAAGGAUAAAAAGUAUUUACAGCAGACUUUGGUAGCUUGUGGUCCUAGUCUCGAAACUCGAGUACAAAAGGCUUCAAAGAGACAGCCCGGCACAUCGGGUCGUCUACAUAGAACAGUUACAGGAGAAUGGGUUUGGUCUUCGGAGGAAGAAGACAGUAGCGCGUCUAGUGGCGAUGAGGGAAAAGAAGCUCUGCCGGUUAACACAAUCGAAAAUGCAUCUAGUACCGAAGAGGAACCAGAAGAGGAGUUCUAUGGACAAGUGAAGUCAGCACGAAGUCAAAUUGUUGUGCAAGCCACCGAGCCGAAUGUUCCUAUAAACUUGGUGCUAAGAUUACGAAACCAAAAACGAGAGCUUAACGACAUCAGAUUCGAAUUCGCUGUUGGAGUAGAUUCCGCCGAAGGAAUCGCAGCGGAACUAGUUGGUGCAGGUUUGGUUGACGGCAAGGAUAUCGUCGUGAUUGCUGCAAACUUGCAAAAACUCAUAGACAGUGCCGGCCAGUUGCGGACUGUAACGUUUUCACUGAAUUCUGGUCAUGCAGCGAACGAAGUGCCGGACGACAAGGCAUUAAUAGGAUUUGCUCAGAUCUCCAUCACCGAUUAAAGCAACACGGAAGUUCUCGAAAUCUCUCAGGAUACCAUUCUUAAACGUCAGUUCAGAGAAUGGAAAGUAUCAAAAGCUGAUGGAUUCUCUCGAUAUCUGAGAAUUUGAGAAAAAAUAUUUACCAAUUCUUAAACUCAAUUCUACCAAAAACAAUUCUACCAUUCGUUUAUUGCUUUCUCACGGCUUUUGUUACUUUCACUUCCUUAGUUCUAACCAUAAACAUAUGAAAUACAAACUACGAGUGCCAAAUGAAGAGUGUGGCCUAUAUUGGAAAAGAAAUGCCUAGCCCUCAGUUGAUAUUGUUGGAUUAUAGGAAACAAAGGUUAAUUUUAAGUCUGAUUAUAUUUAGUUUUAAAGUAUUUAAUUUUGAUUUGUGUAUUUUAUACUUUGCACGAUAUAUGUUAUUGAUGGUCUUUAUGACGUAAAAUAUACUAUAAAAAUUAGCGUGGGAUAUUCUGAAAUUAAGUAACUAAUCCUAAAGUCUUGUAGGUCAACUACAAUCGAAUGAUACCAAUUGAGGAUUAACGCGGCCAUCCUUUCCCUUUCUAACAGAUAUUUAUUUCUAGCAGAGAAAAAAGGAAAGAGAGACCUCGUUACUAAUUUUCAUCUCUUUUUCAAUGAACCUCAUUUUCUCAAUAAGGCAUUCGCGGUCUGUACUUCUUACAUACAUGGUUCAAAGAAAA